AUGAAUAUUGCUCAGAUUCUCUUCUUCGCGUCCCUUCUGCUUCCGUUUCACGCAUCGGCGUCGGAACAUCAUAUUUCGAACGCCGGCGACGGAGACACCAUCGUGUUCACCACUCUAGGACGAUCGCACUACGAAUUCGACAUAUUCUCCCUCUCCACGACCCGUCCGCCGUCGAUUUCCGGCGAGCUUCGGAUCACAGAUGGAGAAUCGGUAAAUUUCAACGGCUAUUUUCCGUCUCCUUCUCCGGCGCUAAUCUCUCUCCUUCCCGACGAAACCCUAAUCCAACUGGAAGAUUCGUCUCCUCUGCAUCUCAUCUACGUCACCGAGAGAAACGGUACUUCUAGCAUCUACUACGAUCUAGUUUCCGGCGGUGAUUCCGAUUCCGAAAGUAAUCGACGAUCGAUGUUAGAGGCACCGUCUCGAGUCCAAAUUCCGUUGUUAUCAUCUCAUCGGAGUGGCACGACGGUAAAUUCGUUUAAAGAUAAGCCUAGUUUGAGUGGUGAGUUUCUCGUAUACGUGUCGACACACGAGAAUUCAGGUGAGCCGAGGACGAGUUGGACCGCCGUUUACUCUACCGAGUUGGGAACCGGGUUGACCCGGCGGUUGACGCCGAGUGGAAUCGCCGAUUACAGUCCCGCGGUGUCGCCUUCUGGUAACUGGACUGCGGUGGCUUCGUACGGUGAGAGAGGAUGGACUGGGGAAGUUGAAGAGCUUAGUACGGACAUAUAUGUAUUCUCGACUCGUGAUGGGACUCACCGAGUCAAGGUGGUGGAGCACGGUGGUUGGCCGUGUUGGGUCGAUGACUCGACUCUUUAUUUCCACAGAAGAAGCGAGGACGGUUGGAUCAGUGUGUACCGAGCGAUCUUACCUGAAAACGGACCGUUGGGUACAGAGUCAGUGACAAUUCAGCGAGUCACACCACCGGGAGUUCACGCUUUCACACCGGCCACGUCACCAAAUAACCACGGCUUUAUAGCGGUGGCGACGAGGAGACCAGGCAGUGAUUACCGCCACGUGGAGCUGUUUGAUCUCAAGAGGAACGAGUUUCUCGAGUUGACUCGUUUGGUUGCGCCGGAUAGUCAUCAUUUUAACCCGUUUAUUAACCCUGAUUCGUCUCGAGUCGGAUACCAUAGUUGUAGAGGCAAAGGUAAUGGAAGGAGAAGUCCUCUGCUUUUCCUCGAGAAUAUUCAGACCACUACGACUGAUCUCUCUCUCUUUAGAAUCGAUGGUUCGUUUCCUUCUUUCUCACCCGCGGGUGACCGAAUCGCGUACGUGGAAAUGCCUGGUGUUUAUGUGGUGAAGCCGGAUGGUUCGGACCGGCGUGAAGUGUACACGGGAAUGGCGUUUUCAACAGCUUGGGAUCCGGUUCGACCAGGAACCGUGUACUCUAGCUCAGGUCCAACGUUCGCUACAGAGAGAACAGAGGUUGAUAUCAUUUCCAUUGAUGUCGAUGCAGCGGACACGUUAUCGUCGGUUAGAAGGCUAACGACAGACGGGAAGAACAAUGCUUUCCCUUGGCCAUCUCCGGAUGGGAAGCGGAUCGUGUUUCGUUCGGGUCGGUCUGGUCACAAAAACCUCUACUUAAUGGAUGCUGAGAAAGGCGAAACCGGUGGUUUAUGGAGGCUAACCGAAGGUGCGUGGACCGACACGAUGUGUACCUGGUCACCAGAUGGCGAAUGGAUCGCGUUUGCAUCCGACCGUGAAAACCCUGGCUCGGGUAGCUUUGAGCUGUUCUUGAUCCACCCGAAUGGAACAGGGUUAAGAAAGCUGAUCCAAAGCGGUUCGGGUGGUAGAACUAACCAUCCGAUCUUUAGCCCGGACAGUAAAACAAUUGCCUUCACAUCUGAUUACGCUGGGAUCUCAGCGGAACCGAUCUCGAAUCCGCAUCAUUACCAGCCAUAUGGCGAUAUCUUCACGGUGAAACUAGAUGGCUCUAAUUUGAGGAGACUGACGCAUAACUCUUAUGAAGAUGGGACUCCGGCAUGGGCUCCUCGGUUCAUAAGCCCCAGUGAUGUUGUGUUACGCAGGAAGAAUGAUUCGAGCUGCUCGUUCGAUGAUUGUCACUGGCUCAAUAAGAACCCAACACUAAAAGGCCCAAAAAUCUCAUGUUAA